AUGAAGCAUAACAACCAACUUCCGAACGGCCAUUUUCACAAGGAUUGGCAGUUGCGUGUUAAGACUUGGUUUGAUCAGCCUGGACGCAAAAAGAGAAGAAGAAUCAAUCGCAUCCAAAAGGCUGCUCGAAUUGCUCCACGACCUAUUGAACUCUUAAGGCCAGUAGUUAGAUGCCCGACUAUCAAAUAUAACACCAAAUUAAGAGCUGGACGUGGAUUUACUCUUGAUGAACUCAAGGCUGCCGGAAUUCGCCGUAAGGAAGCACUCACUAUUGGCAUUCCCGUUGAUCACCGACGUAAAAAUCGGUCCGAAGAAUCUCUUAAUCUUAAUGUCGAAAGAUUGAGGGCUUAUAAGGAUAGACUUAUAGUCUUUCCUAGAAAACCCUGCCCCAUCAUUCCUAUUCGACAAGUAUUGGACGAAGAAGAGGCACGUGCCAUUACUAAUGAAGAGAAAGCAGCUAGCGCAUAUGUCACAUUGCGUAAAGCGAGGUCCGAUGCUCGUCUCGUUGGUGUGCGUGAAGCUCGCCGUAAAGCCAAAGAAGAGGAAGAAGCUGCCAAAAAGAAGUAG